UUCACAAUCGAACGAAAUAUAUACUCUCUCUCUCUAGUCUCUAUUUACCAGCCUCGAUUCGCAUUUUUGCACGCUGCGUACUAAAACCACUAACACUUGCCCACUGCCCAGUGCCGGCGCCUACUGCCAGAGCCGUCCCGAUUUCGUUCUGGGACUGAAGAAACGUAGAGAGGGAAAAAGAUUUUGAUCUUUUUGUGUAGUGAUGGUGGAAGUGUGGUGGUCUCUCUUAGCUGCCAUCCCUGCGGUUGUUGCAGGGCAAGCUUUUAGAAUGAAGAAGAAGCAUGCGGAAGAGCAGAGAUUACAGAGUGCCCGGGGUAGGGAGAAGAAUUCUGACGAGAUUUUUGUAUGUGAGAGGGUGUGUACAUCAAAGAGAAUGCUGAAAAAGGUUGGGGCAUUCUCAAAGGAUCCAAUCCCUGAUACUUGUGUCACUGUUUGUGGAGUAUCCGAGCUUGAAGCUUGUGCUGAUGCGUGUGCUCGCACUGUUUGUGUUAACCAACAUCAAGUGCCCAACUGGAAUGACAUAUGCCUCCGAAGAUGCCAGAGUGAAUGUCUCAAACUCUCCGGUUCUCAUUUUUCUUAGUUCAAUUUUGCACUACUUGAAUGAUGAAAAGUGUAUGGCAUCAGUAGUUUGUUGGUAGUGCUUGUUGCUAUGAUAUCUGAAGCAUGUAUCACUGGUUGUGUAGGUGGUUUUAUUACCACACUUUUAUGCUCCAUACAUUGACUCAAAUUAGUCUCAGUGAUUCUUUAGAGAGCUUUUCUGCAAUAUUAAGAAUUUGAAGUUUUUUGGGAAACAUGAGUUUUAUGAGCUGUAUUUUUACAUUUAUGUAAUUUUCACUCUGCUGUUUCAUGUUAUUAAA